CUUUGACUUCAUUAUUUGACCAAACAGAAAGCAAAACCAAAGAGAAGAAAACAGAGACGCUACGAAGUUGAACCCUUUAUUCUUCUGCAAACAAGCUCAGUUCUUCUUGUGCUGCAAUUGGGACAAAUGGGAACAGAAGGUGAACAAUUGACGGAGCAGGAAACGGCCAUUUAUGAUCGUCAAAUUAGGGUUUGGGGUGUUGAUGCUCAGAGAAGGCUCAGCAAAUCUCAUGUAUUUGUCAGUGGACUGAAAGGAACUUGUGUUGAGUUCUGCAAGAAUAUUGUUUUAGCUGGAGUAGGUAGUUUGACGCUAAAUGAUGAUCGCUUGGUAACAGAAGAGCUAUUAUUAGCUAAUUUCUUAAUUCCUCGCGAUGAAAAUGUAUUCCCUGGGAAGUCCAUUGCUGAGCUUUGCUGUGAUUCAUUGAAGGAUUUCAACCCUAUGGUUUCUGUUUCGGUAGAGAAAGGCGCUCUCUCCAAUUUUGACGCUGAUUUCUUUCAGAAGUUUGAUGUAGUUGUUGUUAGCUGUUGCUCCCUUUUGACGAAAAAAUCAGUAAAUGCUAAGUGUCACAAGUCGCCAAAGCGUGUUGCAUUUUACAGCGUAGAAUGCCGAGACUCCUGUGGUGAGAUAUUUGUUGACUUGCAGAAUUACAGCUACUGUAAGAAAAAAAAUGAAGAGACAAUGGAAUGCACAUUGCAGUAUCCAAGUUUUGAGGAAGCCAUUGCAGUCCCCUGGAGAUCACUACCCAAGAGGAUGUCAAAGCUAUACUUUGCAAUGAGAGUUAUAGAAAGGUUUGAAGAGCUUGAGGGCCGGAAUCCUGGAGAAACUUCUGCUGAUGACCUUCCAAAUGUUCAGAAGAUGAGAAAGGAACUCUGUGAGGCACAUUGCUUAAACGAAUCUCAGAUCCCAGAUUCUCUUCUGCAAAGAUUGAUAGCAAGUAGAAGCGAAUUUCCUCCUGUCUGCGCAAUCAUGGGAGGAAUUCUUGGACAGGAGGUGAUAAAAGCAAUAUCUGGCAAAGGAGAUCCUCUUAAGAACUUUUUCUUCUUUGAUGCCAUGGAUGGUAAAGGGAUAAUAGAAGAUAUAUCUAAUGUCAACAGCUGAGGAUGGUAUGACUUAAUGAUAGAAACCGUCUUUUAGGGAACGCUGACCUUUCUGGGGGUGUCUUUUAGGUAAACCAUAUGACUAAUUACAGCUAAACUUGUGGACAUUCAUUCAACUUAGAGUUCUGAUCAGCAAAAUUUAUGAUGUUUUUGACACUUGGGACCAUCAGUUGAGGGUUCACGUUGUUUAAUAUUCUGAAACAUGCAGUAUUAUCUCAUUUUCAGUUG